UUAAUAUACCGACAUUGACUGGCACAAACUGAUUGUGCGUUCCUGCCUUAUAUUUCCUCUUUUAAUGUGAAAAAAAAUAGGAGAGGUGAUAGACUCUGAGGAUAUCGCCGACCCAUCCGGGAAAAAGCUCACAAUGUGCUCUGAUGACGAAUCCAAGUAUCUCCAUCAGCGCUUGAAGGUUUUCGACAACAGUUUCGAUAAAAAAGGUUUUAUCAGCCUUCUUCGUAACAAACCUAUGCAUAUCUUACAUCCUCUGAUAAUGAAUCCAUCAGCACUUAACGCGUACGCAACAUGUAGCGUUGACGAAAAAAUAAUAACCUUUAAAAAAUGAUUCUUUCAAAUAAGUAUAAAUAUCGUGUGUCCUUAUACCGCACAUCAUUUUUUAUGUCUUCUACGCUAUGAUGAUUGGUGCUAUCUCAGUAAUGUGUGAGUGCUUACUUGAUCGGCUACGACGUCGUGUUAGAGAUUUAUUAUUAAGUUUUCCAGAAAAAUCUAUCGGUAUGUGCGUUGCAAAGGUUGACAUCCGUGAAGAAUAAAAAGGGAAGGAAAAAUAAACUUGUUGGGGAACUCUCUAUAUAUUUUUCGAGGAGCUCAUGCAUUCCAUCAGUUGCUUCGUGACGACUAUACUCGACGGUAGUUUUUUUACAUAUAGUUCGAGAUGUAUACUAUUGGUGCGGAAGUUAAGACCAAACGUGCAAAUUAUUACUUGCCUAUUGAACAGGCUUCACAAUGCAAGAAAAAGUGUGAAAGCGUUUCUACUGAAAAACCACAUAUUCCUGCUCGUAUCUUAGGGAGGAGAUACAUGGUAACAACUACGUCAUAUAAAUACUUAGAAAUUGGAAUCAGUGUAGAACCUGCAUACUACGUGGAAAUUGUUCUUGGUGAUAAUCGAUGCAAUCAUUUGAUAUUACCAAAUGAAAUCUGGAAAGAGAUUAUACAUAGACGUGCACACAUCGAGCGAUAUGUGGAGUCAUCUCAUUCCUCACCCUUAUGGAUUCGAGAUUUGUCGGUGGAAUGUCGUAUGAUGCAUGGCGAUACCAUUAUAAAGCUUACAUUGUUCAACAAGUCAAUGUAUUUAAAACCGGAAACAUUGAAUAACUUAUUCAAUCUUGAGCAGUGUAUUGAUCAUAUGUACUCAUGGUUAUACGAAAAUACGCAUCUUGUUAAUACAAAGUUCCAAAAAUUUGUAAGCAUUUUGCAACAAAAUGAUAUUAUUUGCGUAUGGUACGAGUCCAAAACUACUGAUUGGUGUUACGCCGCUAAAGUAAUACGCGAAAGUGACGAUUUCGACAGCGAGUCUCUUGUCGACUCUGAGCUAUUGGCGUGCGCCUUGAAAGACAUUGUACAUUAUGUUCUUGAUAAAUAAUAAUAAACUAUUUUAGAUCGUAAAAGAUUUUUUAACUUAAUAUCCUCCCUAUUACCUUUUCCCUAUAUUCCUCUUUUUAGAUGUAAGUGAAUGCGAUAGGCGGGUACCGAGAUAGACUCUGAGGAUAUCGCCGACCCAUACGGGAAAACGGAGUAGGUGGAGAAUGGAAAUAUUUUCUGGCUACAGGGGAAUGAAAGGAGCAGUAUGUGUGUUGGUUUCUGAUACAAAGAUAAUAGCUUUAAUUUCCGUCGUGUUAUCUUGGUGAUUAAGUUGUUUCUGUGAUGUAUUAAUAUCCUCCCUAUUUUUUUAGAUGUAAGUGAACGCGAUAUAGGGGCGAGUGCGCUGGAGGGGGUGGGUGAACUUGGGUCGUCGCGAACGGGCCGCUGGAGGGAGUACAGAUCG